CGAAGCUAUUGACUGCGCAAAAGGGACUAUCGAGACAUUGCAGCUUGCGCAGUAGGUCUCCCCAGGGCUGAGCACGGGUCGACCUCCAAUCAUCCUCCAGCAUACCAGACACAUGACGCUUGUCGGAAUAUGCUGUGGCACAAGACACGGAUGGGAAUAUUCUGUGGCGCGCGGAUCACUUUAACCGCCGAUUUCGAGCCCUUUUAUCAUACACCACCAACAUUAGAAACCACAAGAACGAUUCGUUUAAUCUAAUAUAAUAGGACUCUAUAACGCCGUUAGUAGAAAAUCUGAGUGGGUACCCUCAAGACCAUAUUCUUGACAUUGAUCAUUGAAUAUCUAUUAUCUCAAUCUUUACCAAGAAUCCCAACAUGUCUGCAGAUAUUAGUGCCACAGAUUGGAUCUCAUCCGUUUCUUCGGUAGUAGCAGCAUUAGUUGGUAUCAUAACGCUGUUUACCGUCUACAUCGGAGCAAUGCAGCUGCUUUCCCAAAGUCGAAUGUAUAGGCUUGGGCUUUCCUGGCGUUCUCUUGGUCCCUGGAGAUCUACGGCAGCUAAAUCGACACUAUUUGGUCUUCAGCGACGAGUCUUCACGCCAAACGUGAGCCUCAAAUUUCUAGUCAAACAGAAGUGGAAGCCUAAUCUCACUUUUCCUACUGGAUUCUCACGAAGCGAGUGUGUCGAACGUGGCGACAAUGUUCAAGCUAAGACGACUUGGGUCAACUUCAUGCAGGCACUAAACCUGUCUCCCAGCGACAAUGGCCUCUUCGAGAUGCAGGAUGCAGCAGAAUUAGUCAAUGGCAUCAUACCCAUGCAUUGGACUGGUCAUGACCUUGUCGGAUUUAGUUCGAUUUUGGGCUUCCAGUCACACGAAGAUUGCCCAAGCUUUAUAUCGCCAAUGCCUCUUCCAAUGCAAUGGUCCGGUCCACUAGGUUGGCUACAAUUUCGCUCAAGUUCCAAUGGAUGUAUCGCCGAAUUUAGGCGGAGAAUGGGCUUGAAAGAUCAAAUUUCUACAAAUCUCCAUAAGCAACUUCAUCGAUUAAGAGACUUGCCUCUUGAAUCAUAUGCUCUCGACUCGAGACUUUGGAAUUCAAUUGGUGGUUUUUCUCUCGGAGAUAAAAGAUAUCUUUACUUAGGAGGCGCUGACAGGCACGCUCGCCCCCAAGACAGUGAGGACGACAUGCCUAUGACGGGGACCCAGAUGUACGACGACUUGAUGGCGCACGAUCUUCCUGAUGAUGAGAUCAUACGCAAAUUGUUUGGGAAAAAGGAGGAUCGCCCCACAGCACUCCGUCGCGACGUUGAGAAGAGAGGCGUGGGCCGAACUCAGAGAGGUCAUGACGGGGAUGUUCCAGACUUCCUGCACUCAGCUGUACGCGAUGCGAUGGAGUCAUCAGAGAAAAAACAAAUACUCCGGCCCUGCCCCGGGUUGCUCUCAGUGACAGUACAGGGAGAGCUGGCAUACAAUCGUGGCUUGAACAUAGAAGAUUGCAGAGAAUACGACCGCAAGUACAUCGACGCCGAAGAUAUCGAUCAUGGCAAAUACCCCUACAACCUUGGCGAUAUGUACAUGGAUCUCGAACUUCUAAAGUUAAUGAAAGAGGCCGUGCUUCUUCUGCGGCCAGAUGGAUUCUAUUUCUCACCAGCUUACCACUUAUAUAAGGACCUUAUUCAAGUGUACCAGCAUGUAGAGAAACAGUCCAAUAAGCUGGUCAAUAUCUUCCCCCACCUUUCAGACUCCUCGACAACCCCGCUAGACCAGUCUCAGGGAUCGCUUUUUAGCAACUCUACCUCUUCUCAAGGCCAAAAUUACGGAUGUGUCUAUUUCGCCAUGGAAUUGUGCAACGAGCUGCAACAAACGCGAAAGGGAAAGCGGGCAUGCUUUACAGUUACUGAUAUGCGUCUCAUGGCAUUGUCUACUACCGACCUAAAGGAUAUCAUAAGCCCUACGAAAGACCGUGACAGUCAGGAUCUUGUCUGGGCUUUUCUCUACAGCCCCAAGCUCUUUGACGAUGUCUUGGAACUCCUGAAGACCGCCAAACCUGAGCAGAUUUUGACAACUAGGGUGACAACUAAAGUGACAACUGAGGGUAAGUCCCUUGACUGUGCUGAUUUGCUGCAUGUUGGCAAGGAACAAGAGGAUGAGAAGCAGAUAGCAUUAUACGAAGUCCCAGAGCUUGGCAAUGCCGAGUUUACUGGCGCUCAGGUCCUUGCUUCUCUGUCUGUUGUCCUCAUAACAUAUUUUUGGAUUGAAAAGAGGUGGUGUACGGACGUGGCUGCUUAUGAACGGACGAUGCCUCAAAGUGUUUUGAUGACCUAGUUCCAGCCGCACAGUUCAAUGAGAACAUUGAUGUGUAUUUCCUUUACUUACUCAGAUGUCAAGCUUCUAUUUUUAUGGGUUAAGGGACGGUGAGAGCACCGAGGACACAAGAUGGGAUAAGGCGCUGAUAGAUAACCUAACGUGAUACAAUGAAUAUUAGAAGAUAUUAUUUGAUGAA